GGAGGGUCUCGGUUCGGGUACAACCCGUUACCGGCGUAGGAGAUGUGGGAAGAAGUUUUGUCAUCUGCUUUUGCCAAGUACGGCGCUGUAACCGUGGUGAUAGCUUUCUGCCUGCUUGCGCUGAGGAGAUGGAUAGCAGGGGGCAGAUGCUGCAGCCGUGCGCGUCUUCACGGGAAGACAGUGCUGAUCACUGGAGCCAACACCGGCAUUGGCAAGGAGACGGCACACGACAUGGCUCGCAGAGGGGCCCGGGUGGUGAUGGCGUGCAGGGACCUGACCAGGGCAGAGAGGACGGCAGAAUGUAUUCGCACAGCCACAGGAAAUGGAAACGUGGUGGUGCGCCACCUGGAUCUGGCCUCCCUGUAUUCUGUGCGUCAGUUUGCCAAAGAGUUUAUUGCCACAGAGGAACGACUGGACAUUCUCAUCAACAAUGCUGGUGUGAUGAUGUGCCCCAAGUGGGUGACGGAGGAUGGCUAUGAGACUCAGCUGGCUGUCAAUCAUCUGGGUCAUUUUCUUCUGACCAACAUGCUGCUAGGCGUGCUGAAGAAGUCCACUCCUAGCCGAGUAGUGAAUGUGGCAAGCAUUGCACACAAAGGAGGAAAAAUUGACUUUGAUGAUCUGUUUUUCGACAAGAGGCCAUACAGCUCACUGGUCAGCUACAGACAGAGCAAGUUGGCCAAUGUCCUGUUCUCCCGAGAGCUCGCUCGCAGGAUGAGAGGCACCGGCGUGACGUCGUACAGUCUCCAUCCGGGGGUGAUCCGAACGGAGCUGGGCCGCCACGUGGAGACCUGGUUCCCCUUCCUGCGGAGCGUGCUCAUGCUCCCCUCCUACAUGCUCAUGAAGACGCCGUGGGAGGGAGCCCAGACGUCCAUCUACUGCGCCGUGACGGAGGGGCUGGAGAGCAAGUCUGGCUCCUACUUUAGUGACUGCUAUGAGAAGGAGACGGCUCCUGAGGGCAGAGAUGACGUUGCGGCUCGACGCCUGUGGGAGGUCAGUGCCCGCCUGGUGGGUGUCUCAGACCAGGAGUGAGGUGACUCAACGCCUGUGCCGCCUCUCCUGCCAUCAGCUCCGUACACUCCCAGCCCUGCUGGGCUCUCUAAUGGCCUGUGCAGACUACAUGAUUUCAGCCCGAUUUUGCCACGAUUGUGUCGUGGCUGACAAAUUUCCA